AAGCACUUCGGCUAUAACCAUAGCAGCGGGAGAUUUGCGUCUCCCAUCAUGGACAGCCAGAAUCGGGUCUUCGCAGCGAUAUUACCGGCUGCAGGACGGGAAUACGUCGGUAAUGAAAACGAGCAGGGCCUCGAAGUGCGAGCAGUUCCCCGUCAGAGUCCCGGUAACCGGCUCAGGGAGAUCCAGGUGACGGGAACGGCGGAAGUGAGCUGCCCGGCGGACCGAGCGAGUGUUCGGGUCAGUGUGGGCAGCAGUAAAGAGUCCGUCAACGAGGUGACCAACAGCGUUUCAAGGAGACUUCAAUAUAUUAUACAAGCUGUCAGGUAAAAACAGACUUGUGUCCCUUAAAACAAGCAGUGUCGAAGCAGCAGACUAAUGCUGGUGCUGUUAAACUUGUAGUCAACAUUGAUGUUAGACAAAUAAGGGGUCUGCCACUAAUCAUAUUUGUUGUAGGGGAGACCAGGGCUUGUUGUCACAUGGGUAAAUUGUCAGGUUGCAAUUAUUUUUGCCACCAGAGGGCGCAACUAAAAAGUGGAAUAGUAGUUUUCUUCCUUUAUAUGGUCAGGGGUUGUGUCCUGUCUAAAGGUCCAUACACACCGGAACUUAAAAAGAAAAACAGAACGUGUGAGUUGAUGCUGAGGGCGGUCAGGCAGGUGACCGUAGCUAAUAAAUCAAUCUGGAGGACAAUAAAGGACUCUAAUGUCAACUAACAUACCUCGGCUCAGUACUGCAAGACAUUCACCCCAGCCAAAAUACAGUCAGACAGCUCUCCAAACUCCAGAGCAUGUUGCAUAAUAGUAUGUUAACAUUUGUUCAAUGACUUUUUCUAUAAAUAAACCUAAACAUUUUCUGUACCUGACUUUGAUGUUCACUUUCAUGGAAAAAAAUGAGAAUAAUAAUAAUUCUGUCCUUGUUUUAUUAGCUGUAAAAUCCACUGUGACAUCUUACCCCAUGUAGUGAGACAACUUGUCACAUGUUCACACUCUAUUUGAUUGCUUAUAACUCCGCACUGACUCAGGAUAUGAAAAUGACAUGAAUACAAAAUAACAACCCCCAGUCUCCUCUACUUGGUAAAAGUUGUACAAGUUUGCUGAUAGUGACUUAUGUCAUAGUUAUAAACAAUUUAACUUUUAUGAAAUAUGAGCUAGCUGUUCAGUUAUUGUUUUAGGAAUUCUUUUUUAUUUUAAGCUAAAAUUCAUAUCUAAUCCUUAAGGUGAACUAAGAAUAAUCUCCUGAUCUUUUGUUCUUCACAGACAACACGGUGUCAGUAAUGAGGACACAACAGUGAGGAAGUUUCUUCACCGAGAGGCAGACCAGUUUCACAUGAACGCAGAGGUGGAGCAAGCGUCAAUGAUCCGCAUGCGUCACCAUUAAAAGAUAUGCAUAUAAUGAUUUUGUGUUAAUGUAAUUUGCAUGUGUCAUUAUGUUUUUUUGCAGGUGGUGGUGACCUUCUCUGAUUUUGAGAAGAUGGAGAACGUGUGUAGCGUCCUGCUGGAGAAGCUGGACAAGAGCGUCUGUGUGGGAACGCCACAGUUUUACCACAGCGCUGAAUGCCUGAGUCGAACGAGGUACAAGAACGCACACCGGUGACAAACGGAUGACCCGUCAUUGAGGUGAAACGCAGGGAUCGCAACAAAUACGUGUCUGUGUGUCCUCUAGGCGGCGUGCGUGCGUGUCAGCUGUUGAAAAUGCUCAGCAGAAAGCCUGUGAAGUCAGUCAGCUCCUCGGGCAAACUCUGGGACCUCCCCUUCUGAUCAGAGAGGAGGAGACGAAGGAGUGGAGGAAAGAGGACGAGGAGGAGACAGGUAGACACCAGGGGGCUUCAACCCUCCCUCACCUCCCCUGCACACCUAUUAUCACUGCCUCCUCACGGGUGUCUGUGUCCUUCAGCCUCAGGGAUAAGAGAGGGAAAAAACCCUGAAGACAUUUCUCAUAGACUCAUGAAACAAACGAGAAGAUUUUUACUCUUAUAAGGAUUUUAUUUUGUUGUUGUAAAGGCUGCAUAAAGUGCUUUUUCUACCUCAACUGAAACAGGUUUUUAAAUUAAAAAGGAAAAUGUACUUCAUCUUUGACAGU